UGCACUCUCCCAAGAAAGAAAAAACUCUCUAGCAAUAUACACCAAACUGAGCAUGUGCCUCUGUUCUAUCAGGAGAUAUUUAGGAGACACUGGAAGAAGGGGAGAAUCAGAGAAGACAGGAUAAAACAUCAUUUUUACACCUUAAGUGGAGGAUUAACCCUUAGGUUCCACUAUGAGUAUAACAAGCAUGCUUUACUACCAGGGGCGGACUGACAACUCAUGGGGCCCCCGGGCAAUAGGGGAUCAUGGGGCCCCUGUGUCCUUGCCCAAACUCAAAAAAGCCUAU